CUUUCAGUGAUCCAUUCAGCCCACCUUUUAUCCAUCUUUUCUUCUUCUAUUCUGCUUUCCUUUUCUUCUCGAGAGAAAGAUGGGAGGUUGCGCGACGAAGCCCGCGGAGUUCGAGGCCCCUCGGCCGCUGGAGGAGUCCUCGGCGGCGGCCGGUUCCAAGGCCAAAGAAGCAUCCGUAGAGAAGAAGAAAGAGGCGGCCACCGGGGGCGGCAAGGAGGUCGAUCAAGGGCCGCCGGAGGAGAACCGCCGGAGAUCCCUGGGCCUCUUGUUUAAAGAGAAUGAAGAGAUCAGUGGACCCCAUGAAACUGGGGAGCAUGCUAUGAUGGAGACCAUUACACUUCCACCAAAACCAGUGGAAGCAAAGGAAGAACCAGUUCAGUCCAAGGCAGAAGUGCAUCAUAUUGAAGAAUCUAAACCGGAAAUUAUAACUGCUGACGUAUCAAAUCCAAAUCCUAGUACUGAAAGGACUUCUGUUUCUGCAGCAGUCCAGCCCAAGACAGAACUUCGAGCUAAUGAAGAAUCUAAACCCAGGACUGUGGUUGCUGAUGUUUCAGUCACAUAUACCAACCCCGAGCAAGCCUCUGUUCAAUCUACUGAAGAGUCUAAACCGAAGGCUAUUGUUGCUGACAUCUCAAGCCCAAACCCCUUUCCCAGAAAAACCUCUGUUACUUCUCUUAUAGCAGCUUUCAAAGCGAAUGAGAAAUCAGUGGAUUCAGAAUUGAAAAUGGAAGAAGUCAAAGCUGCGGAGGGAGAUGCAGUGCAUUCAAAAUUGAUAGCAGAAAUCCAGAAUGAUAAGAGAGAAGCAUUCAACUCAAAGCCAAAAGCAGUAGAAAUCCAGACUGCAAAGGAAGGAUCACCAGAUUCAAAAUUGAAAGUGGAAGAUGUCCAGGCUGCUAAGGGAGAUGAAGUGCAUUCAAAAUCGAAAGCAGAAACCCAAGCUGAUAAGAGAGAAGCAUUGGAUUCAAAAAUGAAAGCAGAAGAAAACCAGACAGCGAAGGAAGAAGCAAUGGAUUCGAAAUCGAAAGCAGAAGCAUAUACUGCUACAGAAGAGGCAGUGGAUUCAAAAUUUGAAGCAGAAGACCAGGCUGCAAAAGAAGAGACUGUAGAAUCAAAACCAAAAAAAGAAAUCCAGGCCAAAAAAGCAGAAAUAGUGAAUUCAAAAAUAAAGGCAGAGGUCCAAGCUGCAACAGAAGAGACAGUAGAUUCAAAACCAAAAGAACUCCAGACUGAAAAGAUUGAGGCAGUGGAUUCAAAAUUGAAAGCAGAAGGUUCAGAUACCAAGGAGGAAGCAAUUGAUUUAAAACCAAAAGCAGAAGCUCAAACAGCUGAGGGAGAAGAAAUGGAUUCAAAACAUAAUUCAGAAGUCAUCCAGAUGGCCAAGGGAGAAGCAGUGGAUUCAAAAUUGAAAGCUGAGUUCCAGAUUGCUAUGGAAGUAGUGAAUCCAGCUAUUGGUGUCAAGACAGGAAGGAGCAGCUGUCUUAUAAAAAAAGAUGGAUACGUAAUUGCUAGUUCCUUCUAUACCAGAACUCCAGAAGAUCAUGGAUCAAAUAUUCAAAUGGACAAAAACCACUCUUCUAGUUAGGUUUUGGGUCUGAAUGCUUGUUAUUUGAGGCUGCGUGCUUUCUUCUGUAUUUUAUUUAUCCAAUUGAUGAUUUGCUAUUUGGUUUCCUGAUCCAAAUUUCUGAUUGCAUUUAAGAUUUUGUUGUUCACCUUUUCUUCCAAUUUUUUGAAGAAAUUCAGCAAUCCAAUGAUGUAUUCUUUUGCAUAUUCUUGGAUAUUAUUGCUCCCA